GGAUCGUAGUAGAAAAAGCCUGAAAUUUACAAUUAACUAAACAGGAAGUGGGGAGAAUUCCAAUACGGAAUGACAGAAACAAAGAAGCUGUGAAGAUGGAUCCUUUGAAGAUGACAAUGAAUGUGGAAAGCAGAUGAUCAAGUUCUACAGACAGACUUCAUCGAGUGAGAAGGAAUGCCAAUCUGACCAUGAUAAAUUUUAUGAAAGGUUUGUGUACCCUAGUCACCCUCAGGAAGAGAAAGAAGAAGAGUCAUUGCUAUGAGUGGAUACGGCUACUCUGGAAGAGGUUAUGACCAUGCAAGCUACGAUCAGUAUGGUAAUGCAGUGGAGCCCUCUGCGAUUGGAAAGCUGCAGCAGCAGUACUGGCUGACGAAACAGACAGUAAUUAAGAAAAUAGGCAAACAAGAAGACGAGUUUGUAGUCGCGGGAGAUGCCGAAUUGGAUACGAAGCUUGAGUUGUUUGAGGCCAUUCAGCAAUCAUGCGCAGAACUGCUCCGGGUGAUUGAGAGAUACCAAGAUGGCAUUUGUGCUUUGUCUCAAGAGGAGAACUGUAUGGGAAGGUUUCUCAAGGAACAAGGCAAAAUUGACAAAACCAGAGCUGGUAAAAUGCUGGUAGCUGUUGGCAAGACAGAAGGGUACUCAGCACAGCAAAGGCUUGCUAUUCGAGUUCCAUUAGUGAGACUGUACAAUGAAGUGGAAACAUUCCAGUAUCGUGCAAUCAGCGACACUUACAUCACAAUCAGACGCAUGGAAAAGGCGAGAACAGAGUACCGUGCUGCCCUCUUGUGGAUGAAAGAUGUAUCACAAGAACUUGACCCGGACACAUUCAAACGGCUGGAAAAGUUUAGAAAGGUGCAAGGUCAGGUGAGGAAAACCAAAGCCAAGUUUGACCGACUGAAGGUAGACUGCAUACAGAAGAUUGACCUGCUAGCGGCGAGUCGCUGCAACAUGUUCUCACACGUGCUCGCCAACUAUCAGUCGACGCUGCUGCACUUCUGGAAGAAGACAUCGACGACGAUGGGCACAGUACUGACCAGCUUCAAGGGCUACCAGCACUACGAGUUCAACAUGCUGAAGGAAUUAGCAGAGCCAUGUAAGAAACUCGUGGAGCAGACUUCGACCGUCCGACAGCAAGCAGAGAAGGAGGGUGAUUCUGCCAAGGGAGAGGAUGUGGUCGCGAAUAAGACUGAGGAGGAGGAGGAGGAGGAGGGGAGGGCCGACAAAGAGACGGCGAGUCUAAUUAACAUCGAGGAGGAGGAGAGCAACAAGGCGCUGAUGCAGCUCGAUCGACUGCUGCAGGACUCGAGUCCUAUCGAAGAGUGUCCCCCUAGUCAGCUUCUUGCUAUGUCUAGCGCCCGAGCGGGAAGGACCCUAGAAUCACCAAGAGCAGCACAAAAUGACCCGCAGGACCUUCUCUCGGACGACUACGCUCCCGACGACAGCCAGAAGGACGACAUGGUGCUACUGAACGAGAUCCUCAACGUACAGAGUUCGGCCGUCAGCGCCGACGACUUCAGCAAGGAGUGGCAGGCUGUGUUCGGCUCCCAGUCCCUCGCCGGCCAAACCAACUACACGCCAGUGGAGUCGGACGCCGCACACGACAACCGCAAGCAGUUCAUGCCGUCGCAGAUGCUGGACAUGCGACUCGACUCGCACGCCGGAGCGACGAUGCAGGCUGACCAGCGACAGACACAGACAGCACACCCAUAUUCAGCGUGGGCACCGGCCGCAGCAGCACUGCAGUGCAGCGGCGUGGGCUUGCUUGCUAACUAUCCCAGCACCAUGAUGCCAUACAACGGUCACACGCUCGCUGGCCCGAUGUUGCCUAGACCAUCAGCUAGUGUGGGCCAGUCUCCACGUGCUGUGCUGGGAGAGAGUAGCGUGCAGGCGGUGGCCUGGCGUGGUCCGGCAGAAAAUCCCAGUCCAGCGGAGAUGUGCAAAAAUCCACGAGAUUCCGCCAAUUGUGAUGAUGUGUUGGAGGGAGCUGGUGCGAAACCCAUGAUGCAACAGCAGCAGCAACAACAAAAGCAGACGAUAGACCGGCCAGCUGGAAAGAAGCCGGACCAGAAGGCGGACAUGUCUGCUUGGUUCAACCUGUUUGCAGACCUGGAUCCUCUCUCCAACCCAGAUGCUGUCGGCCACCAGGAAGCUGCAGUCGACGAUCGAAACUGCUAGGUGGCAGCAGCAGCAGUAGCAUUAGUGCUGUGUGUUUAUGGCAGCUGCCAUGUUGGCGGCUUCGUUGAAUGUGUUUGUUGUUUUCGGAGUCUAAAGGGACUGCGUAAAAGCAAUGCUACGUAUACCAGUCAGUAGUUCUGUCUGCGAGCAGCUUGUUUUUAUAAUGAUAGCUGUUGUGAUAAUGUAGACACGUUGAAAUGGUUUUUCGUGGACGUCAUACGGUAAUGGUAUUAAGGAAUAUUCCGUCACUUGUACACCACAUAAAAUGCUCGGCACAAAAUUGUCUGUUGAAAAGGCACGUGCAAGCUAUAUUUUCGUUAUCACACACAUGCGUGUACGUAUCACUAUUGCUCAUUCUGUUCUGUUGUAGUAACAAGUAUGCUAGCCCAGUUAUAAAUUACUCAAACCAUAUCUAAUAUAGCCAUAGCAGCUGUUAUAUGGCUGAUGGGUGAGAAUUCCUAUCUCUGUUCUUUACCAUGUUCUUUAAAAUUAAUAUUUUUGUCUGUGCCAUACUCACACAGAGAACAAUAUAAUAUGUAUCCUGGUUACUGUUAUUUGCAGACAGUGUAUUUAUGUGAACCCUUUAAAUACAUUUGUCUUUACAAGAAUGAAUGGAUACAAGUACAGAUUUUGGUUCCAGGCCCUAAUGUUGACUGUGAAGAAUAAGGCAUUGAAGUUGUAUUUUUGUGAAUAAAAAAUAUGAAACAAAUGCCUCUUCCGACCGUGGAACUGCCAGCUUUCAUUUACACGUCCGUCUUUUUAAGUCAUGUUACAAGACAAGAUAUUGCGGAGGGAUGUCGUAUCCUGUCCAAGUUUUAAGUUACUUGUUAGUAGUACCUGUGUAGGUUUAGUUAGUUAUAUACUAUUGUCUAGUGUUUGAAGUGCAAAAGAAAAUUCCAUAGUUCGUACAUUCUUGUGCUCCAACGUUACACUCGUGUGCGCAUUCGCAUGUGUGGCAGAGUUCCUAUUUGCAUUCGUGUAUUGCUAUAUCAUUAGCUAUCAAUAGUGGUCAUGGUGAUAAAGUGAUUUGGGUUUUAAGGCUGAAUUUCAAUGUAUAAACCGAAUUAAAGUGCCACUGUCAGAAUGACCAAAACCGUCAGCCAGAGAAAUUCAUUUAUUACAAUAUAGAACAAUCUUUAAUUGACCUAUCCACCACGAGUGAAUGACAAGUAGGUCUAGCCAAUCAGUGUUGCAGUAAAAGCAUUCUAAACAUUGUGCUACUUAACAAAGGGUUGCAAAGACGACAAUUUGGUGUGCACUCGUAAAAAAUCUGAUCUAGCUUGACCACAACGUCAACAAUAUCCAAGAAGGGAGGGGUGGUUAUCAUGUUCAGACGGAUAGAUCAGAGGAAGGGAAAUUGUAUUUAUUUAACAUUAUUCAUUAUUUAAGGUGUCUGAUGCAUAGAUUACUCCAUGUGAUAGCUCAAAGGUGUCACAAACCUGCACGUCAGAACAGAAAUGUACUGAAUGUAAAAUAUAUCAAACUUCUUGGGUGUAUUUACGAUUAGUAUUUAUUGAAUGGGUGUAUGUAAUUUCUAAAGGAACAUUAUUUAACUAGUAUACCAAAGAGUGAAAAUAUGCUUUUAAGUUUAUUUUUCCGUUUAAUAUAUUUAUUUCAGUUCACUAUGGACCAAAUCUAAGAUACUUGUACCAAAGAUGCUAUUUACAAUUUAUAUAAUCUACAGCGCAGAUAUAUCGUUGAAGCCUGUAUCCAUAUUUCACAUAUAUGAUCAAGUAAAUAAAUAUGUGGUGUCUAAAUACCUA